CGAGCCGGCGAUGGGUGCCGCCGGUUCGCAUUCGUCGUCGGAGGUGGAGGUGGUGCCGUGGUGGUGCGCGACGAUGAGGGUGAGAAAGGACGGGCGCGUUCGCGCGGAGGGGGUGUUCCCGCUGCUCCGUUCUUCGGUGCGGUGGGGAGCGCGUGGCUGGUCCGUAGGGGGCCGGUUGCUUCGCCGAGGGUUUGGUCGAAGGGCCCGCUCCUCCAUCUCCCAGCAGAGCAGCGGCUUCAUCAUCAGUCAGCAGCUUGUCUGGAGUCGGUUUGGUAGAAGCAAUGCAUCGAUCUCAGAGAUAGGAACAAAUUACUCCAUAGGAGCUGAAGUUUCAGAGACGAGUCACCAAUCAAUUGUUUGAAUGCCACCAAUAAACUAGCUACUCAUCAGCAUCUGAUUCAUAUCAUGCUUUUGUUGUCCACUAGUUCUUAUAGGAAGAUAACAAUGCACUGGACUCUAUUAUGUUUGGUACUUUAAUAACUAUCAUGGAUUCCUAUCUAAGAAGCUAUCUAACUUGUCAUAUGUUUAGAUUAUUGAGUUUUGUGGUACAUGAUGUAAGAUCCUGCUGGAAGCUAUUUUUUAAAAUGUAAUAA